UAAUAUUUUCAAAUUUCAUAAAUUUGAGUAAUCUUUAAAGCAAUUUAUUAAAAAGAAAAUAUUAACUUUCGAUGGCAUCUUCAUCGUCUGGCAUAAUUAAGAAAGCACCGCCUCGAAAAAAAUCUGGCCCAAAAUUCGAAUUAGGCGAAGAGGAGAAGAAUAACAUUAAAGAAGCCUUCGAUCUCUUUGACUCGGAAGGAUGCGGAAAAAUCGACGCAAAGGACUUAAAAGUUGCCAUUAGGGCUUUAGGAUUUGAACCUAAAAAGGAAGAAAUCAAAAAAAUGAUUGCAGACAUUGAUAAAGACGGUACAGGAAAAAUAUCAUACGAAGAUUUUCUUGAAUUAAUGUCGAUGAAGAUGGCAGAAAAAGAUUCCCGGGAAGAAAUACUAAAAGCUUUCAGACUAUUUGAUGAUGACGAGACCGGUAAGAUUAGUUUUAAAAACUUGAAACGAGUGGCCAAGGAACUUGGAGAGAACCUCACAGAUGAGGAACUGCAAGAAAUGAUUGAUGAAGCAGACAGAGAUGGCGACGGUGAAAUUAAUCAAGAAGAAUUUCUACGUAUAAUGAAGAAGACAAGUUUGUAUUAAAGAAUUACUUACUUACUGUAUUCCCAUUUGUUCCUUUUUCCCAUUAAGUUAAUGUUUUAUUAUCUUAGUCUAUUUUUAGAAUACUUUUCUAUCUUGAACUUUUUUUACCAAAUAAAGAUAUAUUUUUUGUGGUAUAUGAA